UCCAGCUUACCAGGGCACCUUUUUUCUUUGUACGUGAGAGGACUGUCAGCGACAUUUUCGACAAAAGCUAAAUCACCUUUGCUUUUACAUUACGGAUUUCACACCUUACCGGCAGAGCACGUUUUCUAGCCCUCUUCUUAGCAGCCUUCAUUUGCGUAGCAUGCAAAUAUACUGCAACACAUGAUACCAAGGAGAUUCAGAAAUGGGUCUUCCAUAGCACUGUUGGCUUUGCGAUGCCCUAAUAAUAAGCCCUUGUACCAUCCACAUGCACCUAAAUGGCUGCUUCACCCAGCUGAUUGGCCACGCCGCACACUUCCAUUACACCGGAGUAUAACCAAUAUUGCUACUGUUGAUCGAGAUUCUACUUCAACAUCAUCAGUCAAACUGAAUGAAAAGUCGUCAGCGAAUGCUCGAACAUCCAUUCAGCAAGAAUCUUCUGCUACCACCGAUUUAAACACUCUUUUUCAAGACCAAUUACUAUUGGACCGAAAGUCAGUCAAUAAUUUACACACUACCGAAAACAAUGCUGUAGCUUCGAAUAGCCAACAAGACCAAGUUUUACUCGGCCAACAUUUGCGACAGCUCAUUGACCAGGGUCACUAUCAAGAGGCUAUCCAAGCACUGCUGGACAAUGCUGCCAAGCACAUUACAGCACCGUUCAAAAUAUCCAAAACCAUCUAUGACCAUGCCUCCAAACUUCCUGUCACCGAUAUAAUAUCUGUUUUACAAUCUGUUCAUCCUGAUAGCAUCCAUGGUAAACGAUCACCCAUUUGGAAAGCUACGCAGCAUUAUAUCAACAAGCUGGACUUUCAGACGGCAAGGGAUGUGUUUUUGUCUAGCAAGUAUACCCACGUUGAACUGGAAGAAAUGGUUCAAUCGCACCUGGUCCGUCGUUUAGUAUGGCAAGAUGGAUUCGACCUCAAUCAAAUGGUUCAGGAUAUUCACGAUACUGUCCAUGUAUUGAAGCAACGGCAACGUUUGUGUAAUGUUGUUCUGUCUCAAUACUUAAAAACAGUCAACGCGAAUGGAGCUCGAGCGGUUUUAGAUAGCAUGCAGCAACACAAUAUCUCCCCUACCAACGUCACCUACAAUAUUUUGAUUCAACAUGAACUUUUCGUUCAGGACGACCCUACCACUGCCAAUGCAUUGUACCAACAGUUGAAUCGAGACGCUACAUCAACUACUCCCGCUCUUUGCAACAGCUUUUUAAAAUAUCAUCUAUCAAAGCAAAACUGGGUCGAGGCAGAGCGCUGGUUGGAUAUUGCGUUGGAAAACUCGACGCCGAAGGCCAUCAACCGGUUUACGUCUGGUAUUCUUGCCUACGCGUUGGCAAGCAAUCCUGAUAGUACGUCUAUUGCAUCGAUUGCCGAGCGUAUGGUGACACACCCAGCAUUUAAAGACAACAUCGACGACGACGCGGUUUACAACAGCUAUCUUACGUUUCUACUUCGACAUAAUCGCAUUGGCAUCGCCACGCAGUUGAUUCAACAAUAUUCCCACCAGCUUCCUCGACCAUUGUCCAUAUGCACUUGCAACUUACACCUUCAUGCAAUCACCAUGUCAGGCGAUAUUAAGGAAGCUCGCAACAUGUUGGAUAAGAUGAUUCAUGGCCAAGACAGCUACCCCCAACCGGACGUCAUAUCAUUUGCCACCGUGAUCAACGGCUAUGUUUUGCGCAAUCCUGACGGCGUUCCUGAUAUCAACACGGCAAACUCCAUGGUCAAAGACAUGGUUCACCUUGGCAUCCAACCGAAUACGGUGGUCCAUAGUAUCCUUCUUCAAGGGCUUCUUACAACCGACUUUUCAGACAUCUCACAAGCUCGAUCUCUAUUUAAUACCAUUGUCGAACACCAAUCUUCCGAUACAAGCCAAAAGCAGACUGUGUCUAUGACUAUUUUGUACAAUACUAUGAUGAAUGGCUAUUUCAUUCAUUAUCGGAUGAAGAACCAUAAUACGAUUCCUCGAGAAGUCUACACACUUUUGCGACAAGGAAGGCGACAAAAAGUCCCAUUCACAACAUCGACUUUGAACAUUUGGGUCAGAGGCCUCGCCAAGAUGUACGGAGACAUUAGAUCUGCGGAAUCCAUGUUCAAAGUAUUUGAAGAUAUGGGAGUCCGAGCCGACCAACGCACAAUGUGGUAUCUCAUUGAUACGACUGUGAAAAAGCGACGUUGGGACGAUGCUCAUCGUUGGAUCAUGUACGCUCGCGACAAUGACAUUCCGCUUACUGGUCACGGCUUACAACGACAUUUAGAACUUGUUGAAGAUAUGAUGCAGAAGAAAGCAAAGCAAACCUGGCAAUACUCUUUAGAACAAUCCAAUAUAGACUCGGUAGACUAACCCCUCACUCUUUUUCCAACGGAGCAGCCUGUAUUUAAAGGGUCAGUUUUUAGCCCUGAUUUCUUCCCUUCCCUUCCCCUCUACUACCUUACCCUUGUACCAUAUUUGCAUGCUUUGAUCAUUUCAUUCCUGUACAAAUACAAAAAUGCAAAACUUCGUCACGAUAACCG